CAUUUGCCGAUCUUCCUUUGGUUUGCAGGGUCUGCAGGCAGGCAAGAUGCCUUGCACAGGGGUGAAAGAUGUUGAUCAGCAGCAGUUUGUCAUUGACAUGGCUGCAUUCCUGAAGAAGUCGGGUAAGGUGAAGGUUCCCGACUGGGCCGACAUUGUCAAGACGUCGAUUGCGCGCGAGCUGGCACCCUACGACCGCGACUGGUUCUACAUCCGGACGGCGUCCAUCGCGCGCCACCUGUACAUGCGCCCCAACGCCGGCAUCGGCGCACUGCGCAAGAUCUUCGGCGGCCGCAAGCGCAACGGCGUGCGACCCAACCACUUCCAGGUGUGCCACGGCAACCAUCUGCGGAAGGCGGUGCAGCAGCUGGAGGCGCUGAGGAUGGUGGAGAAGACGCCCGAGGGCGGCCGGCGGCUCACCAACCAGGGCCGCCGUGACCUGGACCGCAUCGCCUCCCAGGUGUACCGCAAGAUGGCCUCCCUCCACGUGCCCACCCAGCCGGUUGUGAUCACGGCGCCGGCCACUGAGGAUUGAUCUGCGCUGUUCGGACCUGGUGAGAGCUGUAAUACAUGCGCUCGCGAGA